AGAAGGUAGAUGCUGGUAAAAGCACGCUAUCUAAGCGUACAUGCUACACAUCUGCCGGACUUUUCCAUGCUAAAACAAAAUAUUUCUUCAUAGAAACUCUUGACUUACUAAUAAUAUAAAUCCUGGCUUUCAUUAAGAAGUUUCAGAUUAAAAGAUAGAAAUAAACAAUGGGAGUUCCUGCAUUUUUUCGAUGGUUAAGUAGAAAAUAUCCAUCAAUUGUUGUUCAUUGCGUUGAAGAAAAACCCAAAAUUGUUAAUGGUGAAAAAAUUCCUGUUGACACUUCACAACCUAAUCCAAAUGAUGUUGAAUUUGACAACCUCUAUCUUGACAUGAAUGGGAUCAUCCAUCCUUGUUGCCAUCCUGAAAACAAGCCAGCCCCAAAGGAUGAGGAAGAAAUGAUGAUUGCUAUUUUUGAAUAUAUUGACAGAAUUUUCAGUAUUGUAAGACCACGUCGUCUUUUGUACAUGGCCAUUGAUGGUGUGGCUCCAAGAGCAAAAAUGAAUCAGCAAAGAUCACGAAGAUUUCGUGCUUCUAAAGAAACUAUUGAGAAAGUUGACCUAAUAUCACGUUUGCGAGAAGAAUUGACAGUCAAAGGAGUAAAUUUGCCUCCUGAGAAGCCAAAAGAAGAGCAUUUUGACAGCAAUUGCAUAACUCCGGGCACUCCAUUCAUGGAUCGGCUUGCUAAAUGUUUACACUAUUAUAUCCACGACAGAUUAAAUAGUGAUCCUGGUUGGAGAAAUAUUGAAGUUAUUUUAUCUGAUGCAAAUGUUCCUGGUGAAGGAGAACAUAAAAUUAUGGAUUUUAUUCGAAGACAGAGAGCUAAUCCAGCCCAUGAUGCUAAUACUCGACAUUGUUUAUGUGGUGCAGAUGCUGACCUGAUAAUGCUUGGAUUAGCUACCCAUGAACCUAACUUCACUAUUAUAAGAGAAGAGUUCAAACCAAAUCAGCCAAGGCCUUGUGAAUUGUGUGGUCAAAUUGGUCAUGAAAUGAAAGAAUGUACUGGAGCCGCUAAGGAGAAACAAGGUGAGUUUGAUGAACUAGAAAAACCUUUAGAAUUAGACGUGGAGUUCAUAUUCAUAAGAUUGAAUGUUUUAAGAGAGUACCUUGCUAAAGAGUUAACUAUGGAUAAUCUACCAUUUGAAUUUGAUUUAGAGCGAGUUAUUGAUGAUUGGGUUUUUAUGUGCUUUUUUGUUGGGAAUGACUUCUUACCUCAUCUUCCUUCACUUGAAAUAAGGGAAGGGGCAAUUGAUAGGCUUGUGGAAUUAUACAAGAAGGCAGUAUAUAAAACUGGGGGUUUUGUUACAAAAAGUGGACAUGUGGAGUUAAGUCGAGUUCAACUGAUAAUGACAGAUUUAGGAGAAGUAGAAGAUGAAAUCUUUAAGAGGCGACAAGAAAGCGAACUGGCUUUUCGAGCACGUCAGAAAGAUAGGAAGAAGCGAGCAAAGAUGAAUAGAGAUGACAGACCUGCUUGGACACCAGGUGGACAAUUUAGUCCAAUGUCUUUGUCAAGAACUCCUUCUCCAGUGCGUAAUCCAAGGCAAGAAGCAUAUCAAAUGCGAAUGUCUAGUUCUUCCAGUGGUUCUAAUCAAGAUUCAGCUAAACAAAAGCUGGAAUCCAUGAUGGUUCCUGAAAACAGUGGUGCGGAUGCUUCCUCUGAUGUUCUUGGUAUGAAAAGAAAAAGAGAAGAAUCUGAGUCAGAAGAAGAAUCGGAACCAGAAGAUGAUGUAAAAUUGUGGGAAGAUGGCUGGAAGGAAAGAUAUUAUGAAGUUAAGUUUAAAGUUGAUAGGGAUGAUGUCCAGUUUCGACACAAAGUGGCUGCUGCAUAUGUAGAAGGACUUUGUUGGGUUUUAAGAUAUUAUUAUCAGGGUUGUGCGUCCUGGAAUUGGUAUUUUCCCUAUCAUUAUGCUCCUUUUGCUUCAGAUUUUGUGAAUAUCGGAGAUAUAAAAAUAGAUUUUGAUCUUGGGAAGCCAUUCAAACCACUUGAACAGUUGAUGGCUGUAUUUCCAGCUGCUAGCAAACAGCAUGUUCCAGAACCAUGGGGUGAUUUAAUGUCCAAUCCUGAUUCUCCUAUUAUUGACUUCUAUCCUACUGAUUUUAAAGUUGAUCUCAAUGGCAAAAAGUAUGCUUGGCAAGGUGUUGCAUUGUUACCAUUUGUGGAUGAAAAAAGGCUACUUAAGGCGCUGGAAUCAGUAUAUUCUUUAUUAACACCAGAGGAAGUUAAAAGAAAUAUCCGAGGUAAAGAUAGAUUAUACAUCCGAAAUGGUCACAAAGGCUAUGACUUUUUUGUGGCUUUGUAUGAAAACGGGUCAAACUGGAAAUUAGAAAUUGAUAUGAAUCCUUCACUUUUCUCUGGCAUGAGUGGAACUGUUGUCUUGUCUGAAGAUGUAAUUCACCCUAAAGAGACUGUUAAGAGCCCAGUUUGUGCCUUACCUGAUUUACCAGGAAAUGCUGCUGUCUGUGUCAAUUUUAUUGAUCCACAGUAUCCUGAAAAUUUCAUUUUCCCUGCAGAAAGACUAGAAUCAGCUGUAGAUCCCCCAAAAGUUCUGAGGCCUGGACAAACACAUGUGCCUGACUAUAGAAAUCGAAACAACUUUAGGCGACCUCAAGUUGGCAUGGCACCUUACAAUAAAAGAGCUUCUCUUGAUUCAGCUGGACACAGAAUGAUCAAUCACAAUAUGAGGGACAGAAAUUUCGGUUAUGGCAAUGUACCUCCUCCUAAUUCUUAUGGAGGCCGCAGUCAUUCUCGAGGCGGGCAUUCAUCUUAUGGCCCCCCAGCAUAUUCAUCAGAUUCUCGCAACAGAUGGGGUGAUUCCAGGCGUCCAAGUCAAAAUCCUGCUUAUGGACCACCUAGCCAACAGUCCUUUGUACCACCUCCACCUGUUGGUGGCGCUGGUGGAUAUUGGGGACCAAUGGGUUCAGAUGGUUACAACAGUAGUAGAGGUGGAUACAGGGGUCCUAUGCAGGGAGUUUCCCAAAACCCUCCUUCCAGGCAUCCUCCAUCUUCCAGGUAUCAAGACAGAAAUCAACCAAGGGACUCUAGAAGGAGUUAUCCACCAUCUGGUCGAGGUGGCGGGUCUUAUUCAGCUCAUGGAAUAUAUUAAGAAAGCCAUCAGAGCUAAAUAGUCCAAAUUGUGACAUCUGAUUUUUUUUCCCCUCCCUAAUGUUUUUAUUCACAUCAUGACACACAAUUGUAAAUCUCAGCAUAUUUUUCCUUUGUAUAAGCAUCCGGACAUUCUUUGUAUCGACUGGAAAUAUUUGAGUCAUUGGUCAUCAUUGAUGUAUUUAUUUAAAAAUCAAUAACGCUUGGUUUUUUUUUUUUUUUUAUUAUUAUUAUUAUUUCUGUAUUCCUGACAUCAGUCUUUCAGAUUCGCCAGGAUUUUAUGAAUUAGAAGUGAACCAUACAGACGUGUAAGUCAAGGGUUUUCAAU